ACCCUUCUGAUCUCUGUCAUUUCAUUCCCUCGCUUUUAUUAGUUUGGUGGUACAUCGAGAAAUAAAAGAACAUGAAACCUUCUUCUACAUCAUCUUUUUUCCCAGAUAAAAUACGUCACUAUAACAAAAAAGAGAGAUGCCUAAACAUGGGGAUGCUCCCUCCAUUUUUCUUGUCUUCUCUUGUUGUAACUGUCAUAUUCAUACUCUUCAUCCUCUAUUCUCCAAACCCUUUAAAUGACAUAUCCAAACAUGACCUUGAUCAAAGACUUGCCUUGAUCAAACCUCCUAAUAAUACGACCUCUGAUCAAGGUGAUGAUCAUGGUGAGAUUUUGAACUGUGACUUGUUUAAGGGCCAUUGGAUACCUGACCUCCAAGGGUCUCAAUAUACAAACUCAAGUUGCACCACAAUUCCUACUUCAAAGAAUUGUUUCCACCAUGGAAGAAAAGACACAGAUUUUCUGAAUUGGAGAUGGAAACCUGACCAAUGUGAUCUUCCCAGGUUUGAUCCUAAGACAUUCCUGGAAUUUGUUCAGGGAAAAAAACUUGCAUUCAUUGGUGACUCAGUCGCCAGGAACCACAUGGAGUCCCUUCUUUGUCUCCUGUCAAAGGUUGAAACUCCCAAAGAUGAGUACAAAGAUUCAGAAGACCGGAAACGGAUAUGGUACUUUCCCGAUCAUGACUUCACUCUCAUGAUCCUUUGGACGAAAUUCCUUGUAGCUGGUGAAGAAAGAGUGGUCAAUGGUUCAUCAUCUGGCAUUUUUGACUUGCACCUUGACAAAAUUGAUGAAGAAUGGAGCAAAGAUCUUCCUGCUCUAGACUAUGUUAUAAUCUCAGAUGCACAUUGGUUCUUCCGACCAAUUUACCUACAUGAUGGCACUGGUGUUGUUGGAUGCGUGUAUUGCAAUAAUCCCAAUGUGACAGAUUAUGGUGUUGGCUUCGCCCUCAAGAUGGCUUUUCGAUCCGCAUUAAAUCAUAUUAAUCGAUGCAAGAAAUGCAAGGUGAGGGUUACCCUCAUCAGGACAUUUUCACCAGCUCAUUUUGAGAAUGGGACUUGGAACACUGGAGGAAGAUGCAACAGGAAAAGUCCUUUAAGCGAAAGAGAGAUUAACGUAAGUAGUAAUGAAUGGGAACUGAGGAGCUUGCAAAUGGAAGAAAUCGAAAAGGCAAGAAUUCAAGGAGAAAAGAAAGGGAAGAGGUUUGGAGUUUUGGAUGUCACCAGGGCCAUGCUCAUGAGACCUGAUGGGCACCCUGGUGAAUUCUGGGGAAACAAAUGGAUGAAGGGUUAUAAUGACUGUGUUCACUGGUGCCUGCCGGGUCCGAUCGACGUAUGGAAUGAUUUUCUGAUGGCUGUUCUGAGAAGAGAAGCUGCAUUAGUUUCUUAGUAAAUGGCCAGGUUGAAUUAGUUAGAAUCAUAUACCAUACAUAUUUACAUCUUAAUAAUUGUCCUCAUUUUUUCUUCCCCUGGGCAUAUAUAUUUUUUAUGGCCAACAGAUGCAAUUUUUUUUUUUUUUGAUUGUUAACACAAUAAAUUAACAUAAAUUUUCGUUGUAAUGUAAUAUCAAAUAUCAUUGAUCCUCCAUUGCUUAAUAUUAACACUAAUGAUGGUCAACACAGAAGAAGAGAUUGUUGCAAACUCAUACUUUCGUGUUCUAUGAUAACGGAAGAAGCAAUAUCCAACCCUGAGAGAGAAAACUAUAAACUUCAAACGAUGGUGGAACUUUUCC